UAAGAUCGAUACUUGCGCUUCACUAAGGUGUGGCGUGUUCUCCCCGCGGGCCCCGGCUCAGCCACGCCCAGCGCGCGCAUUCUCAAACAAAAUCCGCAGAAAAUAUUGUGCGAAGAAUCGAGUAGAGUCUGCGUCGUUCGUUUCGUUCAGUCACGCACGUCACAUCAGUUAGGCAGCUCAGUUGAGUAGUGAUCUCGAUAGCCGACGAACCGUACGCACGGCGCACACGUGCCACUCGCGCCCAUCCCUUCUCCGCAUCGCACUCCCGAGCGAUUUCGCCGCUCGCUCGGUGACGCCACCGUCCGUCGCUACUCCGCCGACACCGCUUUGUGCUCGGUGUCGUUCCGUACGGAGCUUUGCUACAUCAUAUCAUACCAUAUUAUGUAAUACAAAAAUAAACAGCUCAAAGCAAACCACGUGUGCGCGCCGGCCGGCUUAUACAUACAAAUUCGAAUCAUUUUGAUCAUCAAAGUCACGCUCCACAACAUCACAUAACUACAUAGUGUUAGGUGAAACUUCGAAACAAAAAACAUUCCAAUCAUAUUAUCAGUAUUUAAAAAUCCUUAAAAGUUUAAUUAAAGUGGCCGUUCAAACAUAAACAAGUGAAAUGUCUAAUUCUGUUGAACAACAGUUUAGCGAGCUUAGUUUGUCACAGGAGGACCAUGAUCAAUAUGAGCCAGAAGAUCAUCAGGACCAAAGCCGGUCAUCAAAAGUACUCAUCAGUGGGCUACCUCUGCAUGUUCGCUUCGACAACAUCGAGCCCCUGCUCUCACAGUAUGGCAACGUACAACAUUGCGACAAAGCGAACUCUCGUGACGCUAACACCCAGGCGGUUUUCAUCACGUUCGAGACUCCGGACCAGGCGCAGCAGGCUAUCAAUGGGCUAAACGGGUGCGAACUGGAAGGAAGUCGGAUGAAGGUUGAGGCAGCUGAGCAGAAUACCCGUGGCGGCAGGCGCGGACGUCCCGGCGGCGGCCGCGGCGGCGGCGGCGCCACCGGCGGCGGCUCGCGCCCCACCGACUUCCCGCUGCGUCUGCUCGUGCAGAGCGAUAUGGUCGGCGCCAUCAUCGGCCGUCAGGGCAGCACCAUCCGCCUCAUCACACAGCAGAGUCGAGCUCGCGUCGAUGUCCACCGCAAGGACAAUGUUGGCUCUCUCGAGAAGGCCAUUACCAUAUAUGGCAAUCCUGAGAAUUGUACAAAUGCAUGCAAAAGAAUAUUGGAGGUCAUGCAACAGGAGGCCAACAAUACUAACAAGGGUGAGAUCUGCCUGAAAAUUUUGGCUCACAACAAUUUAAUUGGCCGUAUAAUUGGUAAAGGAGGUAACACCAUCAAGAGAAUCAUGCAAGAAACCGAUACCAAGAUCACUGUUUCCUCUAUCAAUGAUAUAAACAGCUUCAAUUUGGAGCGGAUCAUCACUGUCAAAGGCACCAUUGAGAAUAUGGCUAAAGCAGAGUCACAAAUUUCAGCUAAAUUACGCCAGAGCUAUGAAAGUGAUUUACAGAUGCUGGCACCGCAAAGCAUCAUGUUCCCCGGAUUGCAUCCGAUGGCCAUGAUGUCCACUGGGCGUGGAUUCUGCGGCGCCCCUCCACCAUUCCCGCCGCCUAUAUACGCUCCCCUGCCGGGCCAGGGAGGCGCGCAGCAAGGAGCCGGUGACUCACAGGAAACUACGUACUUGUACAUCCCAAAUAAUGCUGUGGGUGCAAUUAUUGGCACCAAGGGCUUACACAUUCGCAACAUCAUAAGAUUCAGCAACGCGUCUGUGAAGAUCGCUCCGUUGGAACAAGACAAGCAGGGCGAGAACCAAAGCAAUCCUCAGCAGGAGCGUAAGGUCACCAUAGUCGGAAGCCCCGAGGCUCAGUGGAAGGCUCAAUAUCUUAUCUUUGAGAAGAUGAGAGAAGAAGGCUUUAUGUCAGGCUCCGAUGACGUGCGGCUGACAGUUGAGAUAGUAGUUGCAUCUUCCCAAGUUGGCCGCAUCAUCGGCAAGGGCGGUCAGAACGUGCGAGAGUUGCAGCGCGUCACUGGGUCUCUUAUUAAGCUUCCUGAACAACCGCAGCAGGCGCAAGGCGGCGGUCAGCAGCAAGAUCACGACACAACAGUGCAUAUCGUCGGCCCCUUCUAUAGCGUACAGUCGGCGCAGCGACGCAUUCGUGCAAUGGUAGCGCAGGCGAGCGCGCCGGGCCGCCGCCGCGCCGCGCAGCCGCCGCCGCCCGUGCAGCAGUAAGCUGCGUCCGCACCUCCGAGCCCCGCGCCCUCCACCACCUCCACCCUCGAGCCCUCGCAACACCGUCAGCUCACACCGGCUCACACCACACUAGCUUACGCACACUUACGCUGCACUCAAGGUAUUCCGUGUCGUUUUGCUUCGACCGAACGCUGGCAGGUUGUCGAGUUGACAUCAUGUGUCCAAAUGUUGUUGUUGACAUAAUUCUAUUAUUGUAGUGUAAUUAAAUCUAUUGAUAAAUCCAUAUUUUAUCCCGGGAGUUAUGUAUGUUGAUGAUUAAUAUUUGAAUAUAUAUUAUGCAUAUAUAUAUAUAUAUAUAUAUGAUAUUAUUCAUAUACACUAUUUUUUUAAAUAAUGAACGUGUUUGUUAUAUUGUUUUCAUACCAUGUUAGUAUCUGCUACAAUGUAGAGUUGUCAUAAGAUUGCAAUAGUUAAGUUCUGUACACUGUUUACAAAUGUUAAUAGCAGUUUCUAUAGUAUCACGCCGUUCUAUAUACAACAAGAAGUUCAAAUUAUGAAUUAUGUUUUUGUUAUAAAGUAAUAGUUUAAUCUGUUAAAAUCACUGCACUAUAAUACUGUUAAACGUAAUUAUUUGAAGGGUGUGUGGGAUACAACUAACUAGGAACGGAAAUUACGACGUUGCUUUAACGAGGAGGCUCAUUGGACAAACGGCUUUGCAAAGUAUAUUGUAAGAAUAUUUCUUUAAAAGAUACGGAGUUUCUGCAUGCAUGCUGCAGAGAAUGUGUCGUAUAAUGGUUUCUAUUGAACUGAUGUGUGUGUUGGGUGAAGUAACUAAUCCAAAGAGUGAACGCCGAUCGUGUCGAAUCGGCCUGAUAGUGACGAGCCUUGACUUGACAGAGCGCCGGCCCCCGGCCGCCCGCGCUUGCGCUAGUGCCCGCUAGCGCUCCUAUCAACGAUAUGGAGACGAUAACAUCUACCUAAUUAUGAUGGACAAAUAUUUUUGAUAUAAUAGUAAUUGUUGGAGAGUAAGGAGUAAACUUAUGAGUUUUAAUUUGUAAGUAACAUUUGUUGAUCGUUUUCUUUGUAAUUUUGUCUUUGUUAGCUUUAUAAUGUUUUCUUGUAUUGAAAAUGUAAUACAAAGUUUCGUCGAACGAUACCGUAGCGUUUAAUGGUGCGAGUGUAAAUGUCGCGUCGGUUGUAUUGUUCGGUUCUAUCGUGAUAUGUUUUAUUAUUCAAUUGUACGAUUUGCGUUAUCAUUGUGCCAAGUGAGAUAAUUUAAACUAUGAGAGAUUAAGAUUAAGUGAAUAAUAUCAAAAUUAAUGAAAAGCUUAGAUAUUUAUAUGUAUAAUGUGAUAAUAUAUGGAAGUUUUGGCAAAAACGUUAUUAAGAAUGUUUUACAUUCUUAUUCCCAUUUUCUCAUUUUAGGUUAGAUUAAAAAUAAAAAUAUGAAUUGUAAGUGGUGAGGCGGCGGCGUCGCCGUGACGGCCACGAUAGUCGCGUGUGUCGCGCGCCUGCGCUCGCUCCUCGCCCGCUGAUGUCCCGAUACUUCAACACUUGUCUCUUAACAUCUGGUUACGUCUACUCCGUCUCCCAAAUGCAUCAAAAUAAUUUUCAAUUCAUUACAGUCAAAUGGCGUAAUAUUGUCAGUUACACACCGUGCUAUAGUGCUGAAUGUAAAGGGUACAACGUGCAUGCUUACUAAUGUUACAUAAAAUGAGAGGUUAUCUAAUAACUCUACAACAAAGUCAAAGCUACCUAACGGACCAGGCAGAAUUAUUUUUGUUGAUUCUACCACCUUAGGCUUUGCUUUGUUAUACCGUUAUUAGGUAAUAAAAACUGAUGUUUUACAUAAAUUUAAUUAUUCAGAAAUAACAUCUCAGUUACUGGAUCUUCCGAUAGAUUGCUAUCGUCAGUCUGACAUCUCAAGAUGUUAAUGUCGUUUAAUUUGGAUUCACUUUAUUCAAUCCAUUACUGGGUUGUGAUAUUUGUAGUGACAGAAUUUUAACUUGUCAAUUGUAACUAUCAAGUGAAUCUCGUGGAGGUAAGAUUCUUGUUCAAGAUCAACUAUCGGAAGAUAACUCUCCCCAGACAUUAUAUUUUCAAACCAAUAUUAUUAUGCCGAUGAUAGGUCAUACAUAGUUUUACUAGGGCAUUUUUGCAAAUUGGUGCGAUCUUGCUUUAUUUUAAUAAUUUAUUUGUAAUUUAUUUUGUUUAUUGCUUUUCGAAGUGAAUAAAUCAUUGUGAUGUAAUCAAAUUAUCUGAAAAAUUCUACGAGUAUACUAUACUUUAGUGAUAGUAUAUUUCUCGCAAUUUUGUAUUGCUUCCACAUAUUAUUGGUAAUAAUCUCACAUAUGGCAAAUAACUCCUCACAGUCGGUCGAGAAAACGUGCUAUAGGUGCAGGUGCUUUAUAUUCAUCGAUAAACUAAGAUACCAAUAUUAGAGAACGAACCGUGAAUGAAUACAAUUAUGUCGCCGUUAUAAUUUUAUGAUUUUAAUUUACGACCCCAUAGUCUCAUGAGUAUAUAGGUUUAUACUAUGAAAAUAUAUACUGCCACGUUAAAUAAUAUUAAAUAAGUCCCCCUUAAAUAAGUUACUGUUAAUUAUUGAAACAGAGAUAUCGUUGUUAUAUUUCAUGUAUACAUAAUUAUUAUUAUUAUAUAUAUUUACACUAUAAACUAAUCGUAAACUUAUAACGGCUUAAUUUUAAUGUGACAAAUCCGUCUAUUAUAAUUAACGGUACAUUUAUGUAGUACGAGAAUAGAUUUCACAAGAUUUUAUGUACGUAAGUUCCUUUACACGCUACGGAUAGUCUGUAAUGUGUGCUAUGCUAUAAAGAACACACAUUCAACCUUUAAUAAGGAAAUUGAGACAUUUUAGAAAACGGACUUCAUUUUUACAAACAUAUCAGGAAGAAUAAACGUUUAAACUGCCUAUGAUCAGAGAGCAGUGAGAGUCCACUUACUGAGAACACGCCACGAUGUUGGCGUGCUAUUGUACAGACCCUAUACCUUAAAUAUGGGCCACAAUCUAAAAGUUAUAAAAUGAGUGUUUAGUGAUAAAAAUAUCGUGCGAUUGACAGCAAUCGUCGCUAACUUUGUUACUCUCCACAAUAGCUGUAUCACUUGAAACUGAUAUGCCAGAAAGUAGUUAAGUACCAAUAACUAUUACCUAUGUUUACUUAUUGAGUUAAGAGGGGCUCAGAAUUUAUUAAUCUGAAAACGAGUGCAAGGAGAAGUGUAAUUGUUUGUGCGCUUAUUAGCGUAUUAUAUUAACAGAAUACUGAGGUAUAAGUCCUAUUAUAUCGGCAAAAACUUUACAUUCCAUACUUCACAAAAUAACACCUAUUGCUGAAAACCGACCAUCUGCAAAUGAGUAUUUUAGAAAAUUUACUAAAUUAUGAUAUUUUUUUGCGCAUUCAGUGUUAUUACUUAUAUACGGUACGAGUGAAAAAUAAAUGUGUAGAUGUAUGCAAGCUAAUUAUGCAAGCUAAUUAUUGUUUCGCUAAAAGAAAAUUGUAUGCAUUAACGAUAUUUGAAUGUCUUGGAUUAAUGUUUAGAAUUCAUAUUGGUGUAAUAUUUCCACUCGUUAGUAGUAUAAACAAUAUUUUCUGGACAAGAGAAAUUGGCUUGUAUUUGUGUUCAAUAUCGGUCCACUACAGCAGAAGUUGGUUGACCGAGUAUUGUUCGACACCAGCCAGAUUCCGCUUGCAUCGGCUAUCAGAAUGGAAUAAAAUAUACGGUUACUUUCACUGCGACAGGAAGAGUGUACAUAUUAGGCAUGUUGUUUAUUCCUUCCAAAUGUAAGCAAGAGAGGGUACAUUAUGAUUUGCAAUGUUAGGAUGCAGAAAUAGUUUUAGUUGAUUCUUAUUGUAUCGUUGCGAAGUAGUUUAAGUUGAUGAAGGCGCGGGCGGCGCGCGGCCACGAGACUGAACUACACCCCUGCCGCCGCGCCCUCGCGCCCAUUACUUACAUAUUGUCAUUGUCGCUAUUAUCAUUCUUGUUUGAUGGUUCUACUGUUAUUUACAUUACAUUAUAAUUCUUUCUCGUGUGUGUAACCACUAUUUUGUGUAUUUACGUGUGAAAGGAUCGAUUUCAUUUUAAUGUGCAUGAUUGUAAUUUUGGAUAUUAUCUAAUAUGUAUGAAAUGUAUGAAUAUUGUCAGAUUAUUACGGUUGAUUCAAAUAAUUAUUAUUUUUAAUCAAAUCCUUGAGCGCACAUCGCAUUUUAUUAUUUUAUUUCAAUAACUUGUUAAUUUUAUUUAGUGGGGGAAAUUGAGCACUCAUGAUUCUGUUGUUCGUAUGUUACAUCCCCAAGCAGUGUAUGCUAAAGAAGUUUACCGAGUCUAUAGUAAUAGUGUUUAUGUAUGUCGUAUGUAUUUAUGUACCUUGCUGGAGCAUGUAUAUCAGUGUGUAGCGUGGUCGCGUGGCGGCCGGGCGCACGCGCGGCGCACCGCUCGGCCAGACGCGAGCCGUGUCGUCGCGUCUUGUCUCGUCCCGCCCGCCAUGUGAUAAGUAUACAGCAGAACGCCGAAUAUCCGAAUUAAUUGGCUCCCCAGAGCUCGGAUAUAAUCAGACAUACCUAGAAAUUCUACCUAGGUACUACAUGACCUUCCUCACCGAAUACCUCAUGGCCAUGGAGAAACGCACGGAAGGGUUACCAAACAGAAUUCUACCAUAAAAUGUGGAAAUUAUUUUUAUUUUUCGGAUACUUGGCGAUGCGGUUAAUCGGCAUUCGGAUAAUCGGCAUUCUACUGUAAUUAAGUAACGGCCGUACAUUCGCGAUCUCAUGAGGCGGGACCCACAGUAUGCGUUAUUUUUGUUUAGAUAUAGAGGAGCUGUUGUUGUUGCUUCUCAAGUGAAUGUAUCAAGGUCCAAUAUUCAUUGAUAUAUUGUUUUUUUUCACUAUUCUUGCAGGACAAAUAGACAUACAUAGUUCGCCACAUUUUCUUUAAAUUUUACUGUUAUUUUUAGAACCAUUUUAUAAUUGGUAUAAGUUCUGAAACUAAUAACUACCUCAAUAUUACUAAAUGAAUAUGAUAAUUAUCUUUGUGCAUGUUUUUUGGGAACUGAAUUUAAAAGAAUACGAAAAUUCAAUAUAGUAUAAGAUUGCUAUUUUAAACAUAGUAACAGAAAGUUGUCAAAAUUAGGUUUCUUAACGUAAUAAAACUGGUGAAAUUUGA